UUUUGCGCCAAGACCAAUUUUUCAAGAAAGGCAACUUUUGCAUCUAAAUAAUUGCCAAAUUUUGCCAUUAAAGCAACCCUGAUUGCGAUUUCAAACGCAGGAGUUGAUUUCUUCGGUAUUUGACUGUAUCCUGAACAAAUAUCGUCUAAAACCAUUUGUUCAUUACGGAGAAUUUGAUGUGAAAGUGACUGACAUUUUCUCAAGCCCCUGAUUUCCAGCUGCAAAAAUGGAGUCAUGUUGUUGAAAAGUUAGCCUACUUUGCGGAACCCCUCCUCGUCUGAUUUCUGUCGUGGAUUGGUUGUUUGCCGCAGUGAAAUCAAAACUGAUCAGUCAUGACGACCGUCGAAUAUGACUUGGACACCUCUGGUGGCCUUAUGGAGGAAAUUCAUAAGCUGACUGCACCUCCCCAAAGUGAAGAAUCAAUGCGUAAAAAGAAGAGGAAAGAACGAGAAUAUCGUCGCCAUGGCAGAGCUGUCAAUCACGAUUGCUGUGACAGCUGUAAAGAGGGUGGUGAUUUGCUGUGUUGUGAUAGAUGCCCAGCUGCAUUUCAUCUUCAUUGCCACAAUCCACCCCUGGAAGAAGACGAUUUACCCCCUGGUGAAUGGAUCUGUCAUCGAUGUCGGGUUAUGCCACCACAGGUAGAGAAGGAUGACGAUUCGUGGUCAACGUGUAGUUCACAUAGUUACCGAAGUUUAGCCACUCCUGUACCGGGGACCAGCAGCAGCACCAAUGGCGAUGAUAAAGAGAAGAAAAAGAAGGAGAAAGAGAAGGUGGCUUACUCGAAUAACCCAUUCAUACUGAUGGACAUGGAUAGUGAGGAUCCAGAGAAACCUCUCGAUACUCUCAUUAAGGCAGCUGGUUUGAUGAACCCAGAGCAGUUUGCUAUAGCAAGUGAGAUGUCAUGUACUACGCAGCUUCCGGGUACAAGCAAGCGCCGCUGGACACGUGAUAGCAAUCGAAAUCCACCAAAAAGGUUGGCACAUGAGUUGGAUAAUGGAACGGUUCCGUUGCCAGCAAAACUCUGCUUUACUUGCAGCAAGAGCUGCCGCAAAGCACCCUUGAUCCAGUGUGACUACUGCCCUCUGCUCUUCCAUCUGGAUUGCCUCUAUCCACCAUUGACGUCAAUGCCGACUGGACGUUGGAUGUGCCCAAAUCAUCCGGAAAAUUUUGUCGAUGAAAAGUUACUGAAGUCGCUGAGCCUGACUGAACGUGUUGCGUUGUGGGAUAAAUUCAAUGGGAAUGUAAAUGCACAUACUGUCAAGAUUGACUUCCUGAAGCAUAUUCACAGAAAGAACCCACCCUUCAGAAUCAAAGUUGCUCAUCCAAAGAGGGAAGCCGUCAAGGUUCCAAAUGCAAUAAAGCAGCAAUAUCUUUAUCCACCACCAUUGAUGCCUCGACCAAAUGAAGCGCCCAGGAUUCUUGAUCCGAAUAAUGGAGUCACAUCAGAAAUCUCUCAGGAAGACCAAGAUGAGUGGUUAUCAUCUGUGGUUGCUCUGCAAACGAGUAUUAGCCGCCAUCUCGCACAAAGAAAACUGAAGCCAGGUGAUGGGAAAGUUGUAGAGCACUCGAAACCCACUGCCUCCGUGAUGCCAACAGUCAAGCAGCUUGAUCCUAUUCCCUCCAACACAGCCACAUCACCGAAUAUUAGUGGACAAGCGGCAUUGGACCAGUUGAAGAUUGGGGGUGAGCCGGCAAUAAAAACACUCUCCAAUGGUCCUUCAGCUUUUUCUCCAACGCAUGAAACGCUCGGCAAUGGACCGUUUUGUGAAGGAAUUCAAAAACUACCUGGACAGGUCUCACUUCUGAAAAAUAACACUAGCCCAAUGGAUACCAGUGAUACUGUGGACAAUAGUUUAUUUGGGCAGAGAAUGUCUACUAGUAUGGAUGUUUCGCCAACUGUAAUGAAGGUUUCUGUGCCGGUACCUGAGAAAUCAGGUAACUCCGCUGGUGGAAGUACUCCAACUAAAAACAUUAUCGUUAGUGCAUUCAGUAAGGGUAACAGUGUCGCAGUUACCAAGGCUUUGACUAGCAAUCCAAAUACUACACAGCCAAGAACUGUUACUGUCAGUAAUCAACAAUCCAUCUUGACACCAAAGGCGAGCACAAAUUCAGGAGCCAAGCCAACCACUCCAACAGGCAGCAAGAUCAGCAUCAUGUCUGCAUCAUCAACAGGACAGUUGACACCAAAGGUCAUAACAGUCUCAGCUAGCCAAGCCAAAUCUACAUCGACUACCACAAGCUCUGUUGCUGGUGUUGCAUCCAGUGCUGCCGCUAAGCUAAAUGCUGCCGGUGCCUUAAGCACAUCACCAGCUAUAAUCAACUUGAAUAACUCUUUACAAACCUACAUAGAUGGAACUUCAGGAGAUGUUGAACUCAGCAAGCUGGAUGAGCGCCUCAUCCAGAUUCUAGCUUGGCAGCGACUUCAGCAGCUCCUACCACAGAAGAAUACUACGACUUCCAGUUCUGGCAAAAAGGGUACACUGAACGGGCUUCUCUCACCUGCAGUAUCCACUGAAGUCCAGGCACGAGCUUUACUGUGUCCCUUGACUGGGAAAGGCAACACCGUACCAAUGCCAUACAGAACAUUGACUGUUGGAACAGGUGGUGACAUGGAUGUCUGCCUUACUGCCUAUGGCCACUGCAACUACGUCUCGGCAAAACAUGCGUGCAUAUUCUUUGACGAGACAACCAAGCACUAUGAACUUCUCAACUACAGUGAGCAUGGUACGACUGUGGACAAUGUGCUGUAUUCAUGUGAUUUCUCAGAGAAGUUGGUGCUCUCUCCGAAACCGACUGGUAUUGUUGCAUCAGUUCGAAAGAUAAUCAGCAAGAAAAAGCAGAAGCCACAGCCUGAACCUAUGGAAGAGCUGAAGCCAGAGGACAGACUCACUAUGAGUGCUCAUGCCACUGAGGUUCGUAAACAGUGCAAUUGUAAAGGAAGCAGCUCCAGCUUGAUUGGUGGAUCAGGUGCUGGCUGGGAGGGUACAGCGUUACUGCAUCACGGCAGCUACAUAAAGGUCGGUUGCCUCCAAUUUGUGUUCAGCAUCGUCGAGCAAGCUCCGAGAGAUUUGUCUCAGGAAAGGAAGAGAGAGGGAUUCUCGAUAUUGAAGUCGCAGCUCCGGGUGACGCCAACAGAAUAAACUUUCAUUAUAAUCACAGAACUACCACUGCAAGUGAUAGUACGAGACACUGAAAUGAUGUUGAACUCUCCUGGACUCCCACAGUACCUUCCAAAUCUUUCAAAAAGUGUUAUGAUACAAACAUAGGUGUGCUCUUCAAAGAUAAGGAAGUCUUCAGUGACCCUGAACGGCUCUGAAAGCACUUGAUUUCUAUUCUGCCUGUGCUUAUUUCAAAGUGUUUCAUCAAGAUUCGUCGAGUCGGAAGCUUCCACCCUUGAUUUAAAACAAAUUCAAGGCCUGCAUAGCACGGAAUUUUAUCUUCGAUGGUUAUGCAACCUAGGAAAUUAAAUAAGAUUCCUUUAAGACCAUACACAAUCAUACAUAAUCAAUGACUGUACUGGUAUGGUUUGACAGGAAUUUUAAAGAAUUUCAUUAAGAAGCAUAACCACAGGAAAGAUAAACUUGUGUAAAUAAUAAUAUUUGUAUAUUUGAUGAUACAAAGGUUUUGAAUCGUAGCUAUGAUUGAUUAUCAUUCUUUUCUGAUUGUUCUAAAUGCUAUCAUGGUAUGUUGUGUUCAGAGAUACGGAGGAAAUGAAAACGCUCAGAGGUAAACGUUUUGGUCUGCACCAUAUCAUUUUGAAAAAGAAAACUAUGUUUUGGUUGAGAUUAAAAUGAUUCGAAUUCUCUCAGGUUGAUAAUUAUUCUGGUAUUGAUUAUAAAAAAUGAGAUUUUAAAUUUUGGUGUGUCACUUGGUGCAUUGGGGAGGGGUAAAAUAGUAAUGUUUACAUCUUGUUGAAUGUUGAUGCAGUACAUGUAACUGCUGAUAUUGAAUAUUCCAGCAGUUCUUGAACUGUGAAAUGAGGUCGAGUCUCUUGUACUUGUUCCCAUAUAAUACGUUUACUGGUCGUCCUGAACUUUGGAAUACUGGUACUUGAUGCAGUGUUCUCCGACUGAUAGAAUAUUCCAGCAUUUAUUGAACUAGGAAGUGAGGUCAGGUCUAUUGUAUUUGUUCCCAUGUACUAGUUUAUUGGUAUUGUCCUAAACUUUGGAGGGUAGAUGAUGGUUAAUCAAAAUUAGAAAUUGUCAUGAGCUUUGUACACCAAUGAAUGAGUAAUUUCUCCUGUAAGGUUCUUCCUGAAGAAAGCUCACCAGUACGGCCUUGAUUGUGAGUAAUCGCCUGAUAUUGUACAGUGUACAUUCAUGUACAUGUUCAUCUCAUGAGUUACCAUAAAAUGUGCUUGUUGAAGCCUUAGAUUAUCUAUUCUUUGGUGUGCUGUAAUUUGUGCAAGGUUUGUUGUAUGUAUCUCUUGCCUAUACAGGCCAUGGUUAUCAUGCAUUUGGUCUGGAAUGUGAGGUCAGUGCCCCUUUGUUACUAUAGCCCACAUUUGAAAGUCAGCCAGCGGGUAAUAACAAAUGCUCAAUACACAGGCCAAUGUACACUAGUCGUGCAUGUGUUGAUCAUUUCCGCUGGCUGACUUUCGAAUGUGGUCUAUUGGAUUCCAGUUUUCAGACGUAACUUUGGUUCAUUUUCUCAUGAAUCACUCCUCUUAGAAGAUUCAGUUCAAAUUUAGGCCCUGUGAUCAAAAAUCUUCAAAAUCACGAGAGCUUGAAAAUGCAGCCUUCUGAAAAUCAAGAUGGAAACUCCUAAAAUAAUCUGCUGAUUUUUGUAUCCAUUAAGAUGAAAUUUCUGCAUCAUGUAGCAAUUUUGAUAUCGAAAUGAGUGAAAACUUAAAUAUAUUGUAAAUAUGUAGCCAGUUCCCAAUUUAUCUGUACAGUAUUUUUGUUAAUGUAGUUUCUUACCUAUUAUAAAUUCAUAGCAUGCCUUGUAAUGUGAACCGCAUUGUAUUCAUAAAUGUGAAAUACUUGACAGUGGCAAAUGAAUAAAACAUUGUUCAGUAGA